AUGUUGACCGUUUGUUUUCCUUUUGCGUUGUUUAUUCCGCCAGAACUCUUCAAGAAUGUCGCAGAACGCGGUCGCUGGUCGCAGCUCCUGACUUCCGCUUACCUAGAAUACUGGUCGGGUAACUACAACGUGGCCUUCCUGCAGUAUCUUGCCUUAGCUGAACUGGGCUACGAAGUGGCUCAGAGCAAUGCGGCCCUCAUGCUCGAAGACGGGGACGUCAGCAUUGUUCCUGAAAGUGAGCGUUACAGUCGGGCACUCGUAUACUGGAAAAGAAGAAAUUGGCCACCGCUUUACCACUUUUUCCUUUAUGUGACAGGCUCGACCCUGGCACGCGUUAAACUCGGUGAUUACUAUUAUUAUGGUCUGGGAACUGAGGUCAACUACGACCAGGCCAUUCAGGAAUACCACAUCGCCUCUGACGUCCAGCGGAAUGCUCAAGCUAUGUUCAAUCUUGGCUACAUGCAUGAACAAGGGCUGGGAUUCAAGCGGGAUAUUCACCUGGCGAAACGAUUUUACGACAUGGCUGCUGCGGCUUCCACCGAUGCUCAAUUGCCCGUGACCCUGGCCCUUGCCAAACUGUCUAUCUACUUUGCUUUG